AGAAAAAAUAUCAGAGGGCUGCAAAAGUUUAAUAAUAAGUAUUUAGCAUUAUUAGACUAACAAUCAUUUUCAACCGACUAUGUCGAGUAACGUUAACCCCUUGGCGGGAACGGCGCAUUUAUUAGAUGAACUGGACAAGAAACUUAUGGUCCUUCUUCGGGAUGGUCGCACACUGAUUGGAUAUCUGCGCUGCGUGGACCAGUUUGCGAAUCUAGUUCUACAUAAAACGAUAGAACGAAUUCAUGUGGGCAAAGAGUAUGGUGACAUACCCCGAGGAAUAUUCAUCGUAAGGGGGGAAAAUGUGGUUCUUCUUGGCGAAAUCGAUAAAGACAAAGAAGACAACCUCCCGCUAACAGAAGUGUCCGUAGACGACAUCCUAGAUGCUCAAAGAAAGGAACAAGAUGCCAAAAUAGAACAGCAAAAGUUGCUCUCUAAAGCACUAAAGGAGCGAGGACUGAAUCUACUGGCGGAUCUUGGACAUGAUGAUAUGUUUUAACUGUCCAUUCCUGUAUACCUCUAUACUUAAGACUUAUUGUUUAUAAAAUAAAUUAGUUAUCUUUAUUUA